AUGUCGGGAACCAAGCCAAGAAAUAAACAAAAGAAUCCCAACUUUUCACCGCAGUUAACUAUAAGUUCAAAGGUUGUCAGUAUGGGAAACAUGGCCGGUGCGUGUCUUCGUCUGCUUCAAGGAUUAUUUCGCAAAGAAGCAAUCACCAGAGCAAGCAUUGGUGUUAGGCAGUAUCAUCAGCAGUCUAGUCUUGGUGAAAACAUGGAUCCUGUGUUCCAAGAAUUUAGUUGGAUUUCACGUUUUGCUCCCGUGUUUGCUGUCAAUGGAGAUCAAGUAACCAUUCUGAGAGAACCAAGUGAAUUUUAUAAAACUUUAAAGGAAAAAGCUCGGCAUGCAAGAAAUAGAAUUGUGUUAGCAUCUCUGUACCUGGGUACUGGUGAAUUGGAACAACAACUGGUUGAUAGCAUUCAUGAAGCAGCAAAGAAUUCAACCCAUUCACUACAUAUACAGAUUUUAUUGGAGUACACUAGGGGGUCCAGAGGAAAACAUAAUUCCAGGACAAUGCUGUUACCAUUACUUCGUGAAUAUGGUUCUAAUGUGAACAUAUCUCUGUAUCAUAGUCCUGAUCUGAGGGGCAUGUUAAAACGCUUUGUACCAGCAAGGUUGAAUGAAGCUAUUGGACUACACCAUAUGAAAAUAUAUUUAUUUGACGAUUCACUGAUUAUUAGCGGUGCCAACUUAGAAAAUCAAUACUUUACAAACAGACAAGACCGGUACAUCUUACUUGAAGACUGCCCUCAAGUGGCAAACUUUUUCACCCAGCUCGUUUCCACAGUUAGUGGUUUUUCAUUUCAACUUCAUGAGGAUGACAGCGUCAGUAUGAAAGAAGAUUUUGGUAUUCAUCCAUUCACCGGUGAUAUCAAAAUGUUCAAACAAGAAGCAGAAAGAAGAGUCAGGUCACUACUGGAUGCUCAUCAACAGUUUACAAAAUUAACAACAACCAAAUUACACAAUGUUUCAAAUAUUGAAACUGUGAAUAAAACCAACAUUCUUCCUGAAUUGAGAACUCGAAAAGUUGCUGGAAAUGCUGGAAGCGUUUGCAUUGAUGAUAUUGAAGAAAGGACUAUCAAAAAGCAGGAGACUAUUCACAGUACAGACUCUAGCAAUAAGCUGGAUACGUUGAUUUAUCCGUUAAUACAAAUGGGACCAUUAGGAAUCACAAACGAUGAGGAAGCAACAAUGUAUUUACUAGAAAACUCACCAUGUGGAAGUCGCAUACACUUAGCAUCAGGAUAUUUUAACUUAACAGAAAGCUACAUUGAUAUUGUAUUAAAUAAAUCCAAAGCAUUCUUUAACAUAUUAAGCGCUGCACCUCAG